CCGUAAAGACGAAUGGAAAGUACGCGAUCAACUAACAUGCGGAUCAUGCUGGACCUUUCUCGACAGCAGCUGCCGUUGAAUAUGCUUAUUGGAGACAAACGAACUACCUCGGAGAUUUGGCUGAACAACAAUUAGUCGAUUGCGUGUAUUCUUAUGGCGGAUGUCGCGGAGGAUGGAUGCCAACAGCCAUGGAGCAUUUAGCUAAAAACGGAGGUUUUGCAUAUGAAAAAGAUUAUCCAUACACCGGAGUUUGGGGCACGUGUCAAGAAAAGCAAAAACAAAAGUCGGUUUGGUUGAAUCCCGAUACUCCAUGGGUUCAAAUUAAAGAUGAUGACGAAGCAGUUAAAGAAGCUUUGGAUACAUAUGGCGUUCUUUCCGUUUGUGUUGAUGCUUCGGAAUGGCAACCUUACAAACAGGGAGUUUUCAGACAUUCUCGCGUUGAAACCCCAUAUUGCUCGCAUGCUGUGGCUUUGGUUGGUUAUGGUUUCGACGAGAGAGGCGAAUUCUAUUGGAAGAUUCGUAACUCAUGGAGCGACUCUUGGUGGGGAGAAGAUGGAAAUAUGCGUUUGAGCGGAAGACGUACCAGAAGCGGCAAAAUUGAAGGAGGUAUCAUGCUCAAUCAUGCCUAUCGUCCCGUUAUGUAUGGAGAAAAACCUUAAAAAUUUUAAAAAAAUUCUAUCAAAAAGCCAUUUGAGCUCAUUUUUUUUUUGUUCA